CACUUUCAUACAUUAGCUACGCUUUUGCUGUUUAUUGUUUCCCUUCUCUUCUUGCAUAGCGUAAGCAUAAGACAGGAGUUCGUACAGUGCUGUCCUUCUAAGUUCUGGUUGUCCCCCAGCCUCGCCACCCACAGUUUCACACAAUCUUGGAGACCGUCUCAUUUCGAAUCACUUUAAUACCCUCUCAAGCGGCUGCAAUCACGCAACACAUUGCCUCAACACUGUGAAUCAAAAGCCGGAUGUCCUUGGCACGCCCUGUAACUUGUGGGGUUUAAGCGUAACAGUCACCGACAAUAUCCAGGCUGCAGCUAGAAACCUAGAAACUCGCCACUUGGGCUCUCAAACACAACAUAAAGCGGACCCACGAUGUCUGCAAUAGAUUUUGCGCGACUGCGCAACCAGACGAUGGCUGAUGGCUUCGACAGUGAGGUCACAGUAAACACACGAGCGUUGAUAGACAAGGUCUUGGCACGAUAUUCCAGCGAGCAUACGACACUGCGGGAGUUGAUACAGAACGCUGCCGACGCCAAAGCGAACAAAGUCACCAUUAGGCUUGAAACGGAUCCCUCUCUGAAUGUGCCCACUCCCCAGGGUGCCGAUGACCCUGUUCUAUUGAAGCACAUUAUUCAGCAUCAUACCUUGAAGCGACUAGUCGUCACCAACAAUGGGCAGCCCUUCACAACCGCUGACUGGAGUCGUUUAAAGAGCAUAGCAGAUGGCAAUCCCGAUGAGACGAAGAUCGGUGCAUUUGGCGUGGGUUUUUACAGCGUUUUUGCCGACUGUGACGAGCCUUUUGUCGUUUCAGGCGACAAAACAAUGGCCUUCUAUUGGAAGGGCAACACGUUAUCCACGAAGAUCUCUACCGUGCCGGCUGGGCACAACACAUCAGAUACGAUAUUCUCACUCGACUAUCGGCAAGCUAAUCCAGCAUCGCCAUCGUACAAUCCAUCCAAGCUACCGAACCUGCCGACAUUGUGUCAAUUUCUUGCGACUAGUCUGACCUUUGUGGGGCUUGAAAGCAUCGAGGUACACGUGGAUGACUAUGUAAUUGCCUCUUUUUCGAAGAAGACCUCCCCUCCUGAGGACAUCCGAGUACCACAAGGGUUGAAGGUAGAGACUGAGGGAGGGCUCAUGCGGGUUACCCAUGUCACACGGCACCACUCUCAGAUAGAUGUAGAGUGGCUAAAUGUCAUUGCGUCUGCUCAGAACCCACCGAAACGAGCUGCCGAUCUUGUACAGCAAGAAGUUCGCAAUGCCGGCACGACCUUACGGAGCUUCUUUUCUAAGUUCUCAACGCCGCCUCCUCAGGCGCCUUCAAAGGCCGCCAAGCCUCGACCCACUGAGAAGAUCAACACUAGUGAAGAAAUAGCGGGUGAAUCGAAGGGAACAAUCUUUCUCCAAGUAUGUACCGUGGAGGUCGCCACACGUGUCUCGCGUAGUUUUGCAGCCGAGAUCGAGCGAGCUACGAAGAAGGCGCCUCCAAAGACGACCAAGAUCGCUCUUCUCACGUCGCCUUAUCAAGACCCCUCGGCUACCUUAUCAACAGGUUCCGGAAACACAGCUGAGCUAGCAACAAAGAUCUUUGCUGAGGUGCUUCCGACCAAGUCUGGUCGCAUCUUCAUUGGCUUCCCUACUGCACAAACGACUGGAUACCUCGCUCACAUCUCUGCUCCGUCACUCAUUCCAACAGUCGAGCGAGAGAACGUCGACAUGAACGCGCGAUAUAUCUCCACUUGGAACAUCGAACUGCUGCGCGUAGCUGGGUUGGCGUGUCGUAUUACCUACGUGUCAGAAAUGGCAGCAAUCCAAGCACGAUUUGGAAAAGAAUCAAUAGAGUCCCUGGUACCAAGAGCAAUCUAUACAUUUCAGCAAUAUACUGCGAAUGCGUCACACCCUUCUACAUCGCUAGGAGAAAAGAUUGAUGAAGCUUUCUGGAUCUGCUCCAAGGAACGCUCGAUUGAUAUCUUAUCUACGAAGGGUGUCAUGGCGAGCAAGAAUGUGCGCAUGCCCGCGGAGACCUUAAGUUUCUUAGGAGAAGUGCCGAUGGUUCCACAAGAGCUGGCCAAUGGUGCCGUUACGUUUAUGCUCAACCUGCAUAAUCGUGGUUUCAUCACAGAGCUCACGAUGCAUGACAUUCGCCAAGGUUUAGAAUCACGCGCUUUGAAUGAAGACGAGCUCAGCGAGUUCCUUAAGUGGUGUGGGUCUAAGCUUGAGAGCGGCGAAAUUGAUAUUCCUGGCUCGCGUAGCCUCUUCGAGAACACCAUAGCCAACAUCGAUGUGCAGCCCGAAAAGACUUCAGGAAGAAUUCUCGCUCUGGGAGACAUAAGUACAUUUGUCAAUCCGGCUAGAAUCACUCCAAGUUUGCCCCUCCCUCCCGACACUAUACCUUUCACUUUUACCAAAGGCAUGUCAGUCAAGCAGCUGCAGCUAUUCGGCUGGAUAGAGCUAUCAAUGGUUCGAUGGCUCCGACACAUGACUGCACAACCACAGCUAAACGAUCUCGUCAAGGACGAGAUUCUCACAUCAUCUGUGCUUAGUUUGACCUCGAAAUGCUGGGAGCAGCUCGACGCCGGCGCCAAAGAGACUGUAGUCAAGAUCUUGACUCCCCACCCUAUUAUGCCGACUAAGAUGGGUAUGCGGUUGCCAGCAGAAUCGUACUUUCCGACCGUCAAGCUUUUCGACGAUCUACCUACCAUGAAGGUAUUCGCUGGCUCAAAAGAGAAGUUUCUACUCGCUCUAGGUGUACGAAAAACGAUCGAUUUGCCUGUGGUCUUCGAUAGAAUGCGCAAUCGCGACGCGCAGUCGGAGAAAGCCGCUUGGAAUCACGUCGAUCUUAUUCGCUAUUUUGCAUCUGUCAUAGACGAGAUCCCGAAAAAGGAUUUGGACCGCUUACGAGAAACGCCGUUCUUACCUGGCGAAGGUGCGUCCGUACAGCAGAGCCAGAUGUUCAAGGCUUCAGAUCUUUACGCUCCAGAUCAGGCCAUUCUGUCUUUAGGCCUGAAUCAAAUUAAGCUACCCUUCGAGUUCAAAUCGAACCUGCGCGAAGGUGCGCUGCUGCUACGCUUGGGCCUAAAGCAGUGGCCAGACUCUUUCACGAUCGCAAAUAUUCUUCAUCGUGCCGGUCAAGCAAAGGAUCCACAGCUCUACAAACUAGCUAUGGAGUACUUCAUACAGAACUACUACAAGAACAAUUACCCUCUCGAAGCGGCCAAGUUCGCGGCUCUCACGCUUCCGAUUCUUCCUACAGAGCAAGCGCCCUUUCCAGCGUUGGUGGGACCGUUCCAGUGCUAUACCAAUGAAAGUGCCGCUUGUCUAGGUUUCGCAAUCCUCAGGAGCGACCUCCGCCCUCAUGCUGAGAAGUUCGGAGUUCAGAAAGACCCUAGCAUAGGCCCAUGCGUGCAAUAUCUGAUGAAGACACCACCAAAGAGCAAGCUCGACGCUGAGAUGCAGUUUGCUUACUUUGCUUCUCGUGCGUCCGAUCUAGACCAGUACAAAGGUAUCAUUGGAAGUCUUUCGACAGCCAACAUUGUCCCAAUCUUCCGUAGGUACUACCUUGAUCCGAGUUGCAGUGGGUUUGAGGACAGGACGAAGCCCCAAGAGGGUAAGACGGAAAUGCGCAUCCACCACUAUGAUCCGCCCGAACACGUUUUCGUUGGCCGCGAUCAGGAAUACCGCGGCAUACUUGAUUACGUUCAAUAUAGCGCCGAAGCAACUGCCUUCCUUCUCAAAGUGGGAGCGAAGCACGAGCCAAGUACACAUGACUUGGCGACUUUGCUCGCGAAGAAUCCCGCUCGAUUCCUCAACACCAUCGGCCAGGAAAAGUACCUCGACUUGCUAAGAAAGUUGGCCGAGCAUACAUCAGACUUAUGGAAGGAUAAGGAGCUAGUAAAAACCCUUGUCGCCUCUAGAAUACUCCUUGGUUACCGGGAUAUCAAGGAUAUAGCGAAGAAGGUUGACCCUGAUGACGAGGACUUAGAUGACCUUGACGAGCCUAAUAUGCAACGCGAAUGGUCGCUCAAUCAGGCUAAGGAGAUCGUAAUAAUCGACAAUGUCAACUACCUGAUCAGGUUUCGCGACUUCAUCAUCGCCGCACCCCAAGAGGAGCUGCUUGAGGAGUUCUACGCGCGCUUUGGUGUUCAGAAAGUAUCCGAAUUAGUUAAAUCAGAUCAGCGCAUUGGAACAGUGGUCCGCGAUCAGACUCCUGCUCAGGAUUUACGAAGAGAUAUACUGGAGCGUGUGCGGCUUUUUAUUCACGAGUAUGAGCGUGAUGCAUCUCCUAAAGCAAUUAGGCAUGAUGCGAAGUGGCUCGGAUCCAAUUUGACUGUCCAAUGCGUGUCGGACAUCUCAAUACGGUACUCACUUGCAGAACGCAAUGUUGCAACUUCUUCGAGGAAAUCAGCUGCUAUCAUCAAGGUACGCGGUACCGGUUAUGUACUGAGUGUCACACCGAAGUAUGAUCUUUAUGAGGUCUCGAGCGAACUCGUGAGAUUGUUGAUUACGCGACCAAAGCGUAAUGACACGAUUGCCCUGGAACGAAUUUUGACUGAACCGCUGCGUCGACUGCAACAGAAGGGUAUCAAUGUGGAGCGUAUCUUACGCAGAAAAGAACACGAAGCCCGUAUAGCGAAACAGCAUGAGCAGGAGCGCGAAGAAGAGGAGCAACAACGUUUAGUCGAGCAAGCCAGGUCAGGGCUUGUGAAAGCAGAAGAGAGGGAGAACAUCCCGCCUGCGACACCUGAGAAGCCCACUCAGAUGCCUGGCUCUUUCGGGAGUCCAGAUACAGGCAUGGAAGUCGCUGAAAAUAAUCAUCGUUCAGCAGAGAAGGGACUGAUCAACAAUUGGGCCAAGAAACUGGGCUUCAAGAACUCGCCCAACCCUCCUUCUGGUGGCACUGACGGACCUCAAAUUAGUCGUGAUAUUCAAGCCACGAAGUCGAACAUCCAGAAUGCGAUCAAAGAGUGUCGACCUACAGGCAUGUCGAACAUCAACGCGAAGCAGCACCAAGAUCCGACAGAGCUCGACCGAGGUGGCUACUGUAACGGCGAACAGUGGGAAAACUUGCACAAAGCCUUCUCCAUCCCCUUCGCCGGCCGCCACGUCGACAUCUACUACGGUCGCGAUGAAUUCGCACCGCUCACAGACCUCGAGAUCCACUUACAGGCGUUUCUGCCUCUCAUCUUCGGCCUCACCACGAUCUUCAGUGUCAACCCCGCUGCCGUCAGCAUAUUUCUCGACAGGAAGUCUAACACGGUCGCCUUCAACCUUAACGGCAGUUUGUUCUUCAACCUUGCGUGGUUCAUGACGUUGCAUAGUGAUGGGUGGGGAAAUCGGGAGGGUAGGCUGAGGGCACUGGACAGCUGGUUCUUCACGUAUUGUCAUGAGCUGGCGCAUAAUCUUGUGGGUGAUCAUAAUGCAAGACAUAGUUGGUACCAGCAGCAGAUUGCUAUUGAGUACAGUCAGCAGUAUAGGGCUGCUUUAGAAAACUUCACGCAGAAGCUUUUGAUAUGAGCAUGGUGAAUACGAACUGAGUAUGGGAGUUGUGCGUGGGCAUCAGUAGAGCUUGGUAGAUGUAUGGAGUUUGGCUGCAUUGCGGGGCGUGUCGGUUUUCGACAAUUUAUAGAAUAUAGAAGUAUUUUCUCAAUCAUCCUCAUUUUCCUUUGCCGUAUUCUUUGUUCACUACGCUCGUGUUCCCCCGACGGCUUGAGAUCGGAGUGGCAUAUCGAGCAAGUAUACUCGCUUGAAUUCAUCAAGCUUCAUUGCUUGUGCUCUUUCCAUUUCGCAUAUUUGUCCAUAUAAACGGGCGUCAUUGCAUUCAACCUCCAUGUGUUAGGUAGGCACAACCACGGAACCGCAUCAUGUCGAGACUGCCUACCAUGGUCAACUAUUACUUAUGGCGCACUUGCCUUAGUUAGAGGGAUUACAAAUAAAUCGACUCUAAUACACUUC